AUGGCAAGACAGCAAGGGGCACCCAGAUUCGGCACCGCAGGAGUUCUGCUACUGAUUUUGGCUGCCUUGAUGAUUCAAAGAGGGAUCUGCAAGCAGUGGCAUUAUGGAUAUAAUUCUUGUGAAAAUGACCAGCAGAUAAUACCCGACAGAGGUAAGCGUUAGAAGCUCCCAUUGCAUUCAUUUAGGCCACCUUUAUUUCAACAAUUUAUAUACUGCUUAAACAGCAGAGAACAAGCUCAACAAAUGCAAGAAAGAUUAAAACAAAUCGGGUAAUAACUAUCAGAACAGAAAUGCCUUAAAAUGCUCUAUGGGGAAGGAUCAUAGCUCAGUGGUAGAGCACUUGCCUUGGGAGCAGAAGGUCCCGGGUUCAAUCCCCCACAUCUCCAGGUGGGGUUGGCAGAGACAGCCUGCCUGAAAUCCUGGAUAGCUGCUGCCAGUCAGUGUAAACAGUACUGAGCUAGAUGGAUCAAUGAUCUGACUUGGUAUAAGGUACUUUCCUAUUUGCCUAUGCUUUCUGAAAUAUAAGAAAGUAUUCAGUAGGUGCCAGAAGUUUAACAGGGAGGGUCCCCCUGUCUGAUCCCAUUUGGAAGAGAGUUCCACCAAAGAUUGUGGGAUCGAGACACCUAAGAGUGCGUCUAGGAUCCAGGAUUCCUGAAUCCUUUCACCAGUCCUGGGGGGAAAAGUAGUACUUCGGGUAUGGUGAAUUUGGGAGGCAAAACACCUAAGGCUUCUAGGGGCAAACAUUCAAGAUCCUUGGAAAAGUGAUCCUUUAGCCAGCUUCGUUUUUAUUAUUCUUAAUGAACAGAGUGAUUAAAUGAUGAUAAAAAAUGAUAUUUCUGUCCUUCUAGUGCGUGGUUAGGGCCAAAGAAUGAAUUCUAAGCUAUGAUUUUUAGUACAGAACCAGUAGUUGCCAAAUGAUUCUGGAGUAAUUAGGUUAGUGCAGCCAAGCUGUGUGUGUUUUUGUUUUUUUGGGGGGAGGGUGGCAUACAGGAGAAAAGUCUCUCUUGACCCACUGUGGAAAGGCUCCUGCUUUUCCUAAUUCGACUCUAUGGUAGUGAUACCGAGUGGGUGUGUUGAUUACUUUUAUUUUUAUUUAUAUCUCACUUUUCUAUUAAAAUAAUAACCAAAGCACAUUACAAAAAAGAAUACAUGUGCACAAACACAUAAUAAGAGAGUGCAAUGAUACAUCAUUAAAACAAAACAACAGUAGGAGACCACGGAGGAAAACAUCGAGAGGCAGAAAAACUAAAAUUAGACUUAACAAUUAACAAUAAUUAUACAUUUAGUUUUUCUGCCUCUUGAUGUUAAUUGCUGCUUGAAAUAUUAUUGCUAGACACUGGACAGAUUUACUAGGGGCCACACUUCCAGCAAGUAGGUUUACUAGGAAACUCACUCAUAAGCUAAGUAGCAAGAGGACAAAGCAAGACACCCCCCCAACAUGGUAUGAUUUUAUUCAAUAUGUAAAAGAUGACUCUUGCAUUCUGAGUCCACAUCCAACUUUUCAAAGUAUACGGCUACCUUGAGACAAUGCAAUAAACUGUUCUGUACCUCUCUCCUCUCCCACACACUCUCAAUGCACAUUGCUGUAUGGGUUUGUAAUGUGACUUUUAGCCUUUAUCAGCCUGAGAAUUCCAUAAAGAUGCUCCUGACAGUAUCCUCUUUCCCUCCCUCCCUCCAACCUAAUUAUUCUUUUUAUUGCUAGUUCCUUGUUUAUGUUUGCAUUUAUAUUUGCUACUGAUCUCUGUAUCCUAUUCUGAAACAAAGUGCCUCCUCAAGAUAUGCAAAUCUGUAAAAACAUGUUUGUUUGUUUUUUUAUAUUUUUUAUUUUUAAAACAACCAAUAAAAACUAUUGAUAUAAAAACUACAAUUAUAUUGAGAAUAGGGAAGAGUAUUUUUCAAUUCUCCACAUUUCCACAACGGCUUUCAACAUUUUAGUGCUAUUUUGUGCUACCAUAACACACUUUUGUGUGCAAUUUUGCCUAAUAUGCACAUUUUUUGCAAAGCAACUUUGCCCCAUAUGCAUUUUCCACUAAUAUGUGCAUUCAUAUGCACACUUGCAUUUCUGUGCACAUUACUUGGCUGGAGAACUGCAUUGCAAAAAAUAAAAAAAUAAAAAGGAGAAAAGCUAAUUUCAAAGGAUGGCUGUUCUCCAGUCCAUAUCUUGUUUCAGAAAGUGCAAACUUGGUAGACAUGCCUAUAAAUACAAACUGAUUCAAUUCCCGCCCCCCCAUCGCAUCAUAAAACUAGCAAGUUACUGAUUAUGGAAGAAUAUAAUGAAAGGGAUGGUAGUCAUAUGGUCUUUGGAAAUUCCAGUGCUAGGUGAGGUGGGUGUACAUGGAUCGUAUAACAACCCUUAUAAUUUCCCCCUAUUUAGCAUCAUUCUGAAGCAUUGUGGGUGAUUAAAAAGGGUGGCUAGACAUAGCUGCCCAGUCCUGUUUGGGUUACUGCUACUGCAGCCAGGUAAGCCCACUAACAGAGGGAGGGACCAACUAGAGGACACUUUGCCCAGGGAGCCCAUCUCAAACUUUGAGCUAACCCUCCUUCCCACCCUGUGACAUCUUGCAUAUGGAAGGAAACUGAGACCAUUGAUGUCCUAACAACUGCAGUGUUUAUAUCUGGAUGCACAGAAAGAAGAAGAGAGUGAGAAAGGGAGGUUGAUACCAGAGAGCAUUUCACAUAGACUAAACUUCUUUGGUCACCAUCUCUCUUUCUCCUACAACACACCAUUCACGGUAAUAUGUGGUUAAGCCUGCCUAGUGCUUCCUCCUUUGUUAGAAGUGGGCAGAAAGUAUGUUGCCAAGUUCUGAACUGGCCCCGGGAGCAUCACUUCAGGAGCAGGCUGGAUCAACACCAGCUUAGCAGGUGAUAGUGCUUAUCUCUACAGCCUGGAAAAAACAAACACCAGUUGCUGAUUUCGGCAUAUCAAACAGCUGCUUCAAGGCAUAAGAGCAAGCUAGGCUGGAUUGGUUUCCUCAUCUCCUGGCCAGUUGCCAUCCUGAUGUACAAAUGCGAAGCUUAAGAAGGGGCCCAUCCUGCUGAUCCUAAAAGAUGGCUGAGAUGAGGAAAAGCGCUGUAGGAGACCAUUUGUGGGAGACCAUUUGCUUUGUGUGCAGAAGGUUCAAGAUUCAACCCCUGGCCUUUUCAGGUAGGGCUACGAAUGCCCUCAUUUGGAAGCCUUCCUUAUUAGGUUGUCCCUAGCAUCUGGUGUCCAGAUUUUGCUGCCACAGAACAUGGAAUUUCCAUGACUUUAGAGCCAUUGAUAGGCCUAUUUUCUUACCCCUCAGAGCAAAUGUUUGGAGUCACUGAUGAUGUGGCUGAGUUAGGGGUGGGUGGCACCACUUUGCAAUAGUUCUGGUCCUACUUGGAUGGUCGUUUCCAGAGGGUGAUGCUUGGUCAGUGCUCUUCAGCCAUGUGGAGCCUUCCAUAUGGGUUCCCUCAGGGUUCAGUUUUAUCCCCUGUGCUAUUUAACAUCUACAUGAAACUGCUAAGUGGGGCUAUCUGGAGUUUUGUCAGCAAUAUUCUGAUGACACAAAGAUCUACUUCUCCUUUACAUCUAUAGCUAUGGCAGUGGAUGGGCUGGACCAUUGUCUUGCUUCGGUAAUGGACUGGAUGAGAGCCAACGAACUGAAGCUCAACCCAGAUAAGACUGAGACACUGUUAGUGGGUGGUUCCCUAGACCACGUGGGUGCCUGCUCUUGAUGCGUAGCUUGCGGGUACUUCUGGAUCCUUUGCUGUCACUUGAGGCUCAGGUGGUCUAAGUGGCCCGGAGCGCCUUCCAUCAACUUCGGUUGGUGGCCCAGCUGUGCCCCCAUCUGGACAGGAUUAGCCUAACUUCUGUUAUCUAUGCUCUGGUAACCUGUAGGCUAGAUUACUGCAAUGCGUUACAUGUUGGGCUGUAUAAAAUGGUCCGGAAACAUCAGCUGCUGAAGAAUUCAGUGGCCAGAUGGCUCACUGGGGCAGGGCAGUUUGAGAAUAUUACACCAAUCCUGGCUGAAUUGCACUGGCUGCCAAUUAGUUUCUAGGCCCAAUUAAUAGUGAUGGCUUUGAUGUUAAAUGGCUCAGGACUGCAAUAUCUGAAAGACCGCUUCUCCUCAUAUGAGAUGACUCGGACCCUGCGAUCAUCAGCUGAGGCUCUUCUUCAUGUGCCUCCUUCAUGAGAGGUCUGGAGGGUGGCAACACGAGAUCAGGCCUCUUCUGGAGUGGUUCCCUAUUUGUGGAGUGGUUCCCCAUUUCUCCAGGGGGAUUCAUCUGGCACCUUCAUUAUACAUCUUUUGGUGUUUCUUUUCUGCCAGGCCUUGGGCUGAUUAGCAUUCUAUGUCCUUUUAAAUGUGUGUGUGUGUGUGAGAGGGAGGAGAUUAUGGGUUUGUUUUGUUCUGGUUUUAAUAUGUAUUUUGUAUUUUUAUUUUGUAUUUUUAUGCUGUGAACCACCCUGAGAUCUUCAGAUGAAGAGCAGUGUAUAAGUUAUAAUAAUAAUAAUAAUAAUAAUAAUAAUAAUAAUAAUAAAUACUGAGACCUGCCUAGCCCUGAAAUAGAGAAUUUGCUACUCUUGGUGACCCUUGCUUUCAUGAAUUCCCAGCUGCACACAUAUGGGUGGAGCUAUUUGGAAAAAGAAGGGUGUGUGAGGUUUCUGGGAAUGUUACAUGAUAUUCCAAAAGAUUAUAGGAUAAGCUGUUUGAGGACUUCUUGAGUGUGCUGUGUGCCAAUCUGGGUGGUGUGGCUGAUUGGAUUAAUUAUGUAUGGAUUGUGUGCAUAUGGGGUGCAGAUAAUGUGUCUGUGAUUCUAGUCUUGAAUGAUUUAUGCAGUGCGCUCUCUUUCUCUCUUGGUAAAAAAUGAGAUGCCAGUAUUCGUAUCUUGAUAAAAGUGUCAUGGGUGUCAAAACAAUAUAGUUGCCAUGGGCACCAAAUAAUAAUGAGGAUGAGGUGAUAGUACUCUCUACUGGCGGAUAUCAUCACCCUUUGAUCUAGGACAGAAUGGUUGUUGAAGAAGCUUCCAGGAUAAUCCUACAGCCACAAAUAUUUUCUUGCAAAAGUUGUAGUUUGACAAGUCUGCCACUGGAGUCCCCUAGUUUCUUUCACAGAAUUGUAGUUCCCAGGAUUUCCCCUGGGAAUGACUGUCAAACCAAUUUACAUAUGUAGCAUCAAUAGGCCCACAUGGAAAUGGGAGGCAGCAAUAAAUAAAUACUUGUGAAUAAAAAUUUCACUGUAUUUAUUGCUACAGUUGUCUGCAAAUUAUUAUAUGAUGCAGGCUUCCUUGUUGUGAAACUCCACUGUGAAGUCUUCAAACUAAAACCUUUAUGCUGAAUAAACGGAUGGUUAAUUAGCUAAUGAUGAUUUCCAUAAUUAGAUCUGAUAUAACUUUAUUUGUUAGCUUGCUCCUCUAUGGCAGGUUAAAUAGCUCUGUGACCACAUGAUUGACAAGCUGUAAUUUAAUCCUGAGGUUGGGAGAGUGGUUUUUAAACAUUCCAUGGCAUCAGUUUAAUGAAUUCAAAGUCUGGCAGUAAUUGAACUAAUGAGUACCGAACUUCAAGCUAAUUGCACUAGAUACAUUUGCUCUUCAACUCAUCUGACAUAAUGGUGCCAAGGUUCAAGUGAAGAUUCCGCUUCCCUUGAAUUUAGUUUAAAUACAGUGUUUAAAUAAUUUGCUCCCACUUAGCACAUCUUAUGCUUUUCUUCUAUUGUCCUCCUCAUGAAUUUGUGUGGUAUGCAUAUACCAUACAAAUAAUAACAGAUUUGAAGUUGGCUUUUUCUAGACAAAUCAAAGUUAAAGCUAAGCAUGAUUUAUUCUUGAAUAUGUCAAAUGUCAAACUGUGAUUACAUUUGCAGAUAGUUUUGCUCUUGUUCUUGUGACCAUGCCAGAGGAGGAGGAGGGGAGUGCGAGAGGGGGGAUCUGGGAGCCUGAGACUCAUUUGUGUAGCGCUAAUGCAGGGGUAGCCAAUGUUGUAGUCUCCAGAGGCUGUUGGACUACAUCUUCCACAAGCCCCUGCCAGCAUGGCCAAUGGCCAGGGAUGAUGGGAGUUGCAGUCCAACCACAGCUGGACUGCCCCUGUACAAAGCAAUGGAUAAAGGUGUAUGCACAUAUCCACUCUCUUUCACCCCUUCCUUUUCCCCCCUGCCUGAAAGAACUGCAUGCUACUGCACGCCACAGCCCAAACCUCCAAGGGAUAUGGCACUCCCAAGUUCUAUAUAACCUUCCAACCUUUCUGUUGCUUGGGAGAUUUUGUUAGCAGCUUGUGAAUCACCUUAGUCAUCCUGUCUUUGGAUGUGACUGCACACCUCACCCUUUUCCAUCUUGUAUCUGUGGCUUUGCCAUGGGUUGGGAAAUCACUAAUCUCACAGAAUGGCACACCCUUAUUUCUCCCACUGUAACAAAGCAAAAAAAAAGCAAACUGGAAAACAAAAAACCUAAAGCAAGAUUCAAUUUGUAUUGAGAAAGAUAGUUCUGGCUGACGAAUGGAUUAGGAUGAUGUGAAAUCAUGAAUAUUAAGAUUGUGGGUUUUGACUCUGCAUGUGUGAGAUGUAUUACAGCUGCUUGUCUGAUUAGGAAUAUCCGUCAGUUAAUUGCAUCCCUUUUAGUUUACUAAUCUUAACUGACUGAAGUUGCAUAUGUUGCACAUCAGGAAAAAUAUGCAUAUACUAAUGAGAAUAGCAUACAAAACUACAUUAUAUUCUGGAAUGCUGUGCAAAACUAUGUUUAUCAGGCAGAAUUACAUAUAAAACUGUGUAUAGUAGGAUAAAUUUGCACUAAAAUGCUGAUGAAUUUUCCUUUUUUUAAAAAAAUAAUUUUUAUUAACCGACCAAUCAAAUCAAAUCAAAUCAAAUCAAAUCACAUCACAUAAAUUCCGAAUUACAAAGCCGAAUUUUAAAUUUUGUUGAGGGGACCCAUAUUUCAAGAUCCGAAGGGGGAUUCUGAUCAUCUUCUUGCUACUGCGUUAAUGUCCGAAUCAGUCCAAACAAAGUUCAUAAUUCUAUCCAGUCUUAUCUUGCUGUUUCCGCAUCUCAUCUUGUUCGUAUAUUUUCUCUUUUUUCUUUAUGAUCUCUUCUGAUAAUCUCCUUAAGCCGAUAAACACCAAUAAUAAUCCUGUGUGAAUUUUCCGUUCAUCCAAUCCUCAAAUCGAGAUGGUUUCCAUAUAUCAUCGCAUUCAUAAAUAACAUCGCUCUUUCCAUCAUUAAUCACAGAACUGUCGUUCUUAAGUCCCUCUGAGAAGUUUCACCCACAAUAUAAAUACAGCUCUAUUUCUCCUCCCAGACUUAAGUCCUCCGACAGAACUUCCCAAUAUGGCGACGGUAUUUUUAACUGCGUCAUUCCAAAGCCCUUAUACAUUCCACGCUCUUCUUAAAGCAUGCUUUGGUUAGAAAGUUUAUCUCCACACAGACAUAAAUCCACAGCUUAAGUCCUUCAAAUGACGUUUCUGACUUGUGAGGGGGGGGGAUUCUUGUUUAAUCACAUAGAGGAAAGAAAGGAAAGUUUUUUUCCCUCCCCCAUCCAGUCCUUUUGCCAUACCGAGUCUUGGUGUGUCUUCAUCUGGUUAAUUCUUGUUCUUCCGACUCAUCUCGUUUAUCAGAGAUCUCUUCUGUUAGCAGUCUUUACUCCCCCUCCUUCCUUGAAAUAUGUGCAUUCGCUUAAUCCUAAUCGUUUCUUUUGAGGUUCUUGCAGCUAGAGGCGCGGAUCAGAGGCAGCGUCCAGGAGCGCCGAUAUCCACAGAAGGGCAUUCUGCCUAGUGCCCCCAUCCCCUCAAAUUCGGGGGUGGUAUAGGGCACAGCAGGCAAGGGCAGCCCCUCACAAUCCUGGGGGGGGGGUAGGGAGGCUAUUACUCCUAUCACAGCCUCCAAAUUACCUCGUGUGGGUCGGAGAGAUGUUAUUGUCAGCCAUCUUCUGAUGCGCCCCUAGUGGCCCCUCAAAAUGCUGAUGAAUUUUCACAAACUGUUGCAGAAAUAUGGAGAGCUGAACAAUGAAAAAAUGAUAAACUGAAACUGACAAAUUUGCAGUGCACAUUCAAAACAUUGUCUCUAAAGGAGUCCUGUUCAAAGCAGAUCCCUGCAAUUGAUGUGCCUCAGUUAGUAAUGCCCAACUUAAAUCUUCAGGCUUCCUACCUGUAAAUUCUUUGUCAGAUUCGGCAUUUGUGCAGCCUGACAGAAUUUGACAUGGAAGUUGGCUUACCUGGUGGUUAUGGGCAAAGUGCACACAUCUUUCUUGGGCCUGACUGUGGGUUAGCAGCCAAACCUAACAAAUGCAUAUUCUUGCUAGUUAGCAUGAGAAGGGGCUAAGUCCAUGGAGCUGUAUGGCUGAUAGGCAGAUACUCAGACCAUAGAAAUGCAAUUGGUAGAGAGGGCUCAGUGUAGGGUUGCCAUAUUUCAAAAAGUGAAAAUCCAAACACAAAGGUUUUUGACCUUUUUUCAUAAAAGUUGUUGAACUUUUCUUUUUGAGGUUUUUUUUAAAGUUUUUGAUAAAAUCUCAACAAUAUAUAUAUAUUUUUGAGCUAAUUUUUAAAUGAAAAUCACCAACAUCUACACUACUGACAUGGGCUGCCAUAUGUCGGAAUUUCCCGGACAUUUCAGUGAUUUUCUUCUGGAUGCUGCUUAAGAGGGCUGAAUACCAGCUAUGUCUGGAAAAUUCUGGAUGUAUGGCAACCCUAGUUCUGUGCAUAUAGUAUUUUGCCUGUAUAGUUUUUACUGCUACUGUUUCUGUGAACUGAAACUGAGAAACUGUAAACUGUCCUGGUGGUAGAGGGAGUAAAGCACAUAGACUCUCCUACGUGAAUCCUUGGCUUCCUUUCCAAUGUAAAACAAAAUACAUUAUACCAGACAAUCAAUGGUGAUUACAUGUUAUAAUAAAUUGAUUAGGAUUGAUUACAUUUUUGGUUAUGUCAGACACAGGUGAUUAGUUAACAUAAUUUUUUUUUAAAAAAGCAAUUAUAUUUGAUUUGGAAUGAAUUAGAUUGUGUGCGUUUCUUGUAAUCAGAAAUUACCACAAUGGUUGGAUGUAACUGGGAUAUGUAUUUAGAGAUAAAAUGCUAUACUGAAAACAAAAGGUUUUCUAGCACUGGAUUCUUUUUAGCUUGAAAGGUAUACAAUUGAUAGGCAUAUUUCAGAUCCCUAAUGGUAAUCAGGUAAGUGCCUAAUUUUCUGGGAGAGGAUGAACUCCAAACCAGCUAUUGUUUCAGGAAUUCCAAGAAGAAACUUCCAGGCAAAGAUUUGCAAUUCAAAUCUAUUGUGAUGUCAUCAAACUUGCUGUGUGCUCCCUGACAGGGUGGACUAAUUCAGGGUGACUAAUUCAGGAAACACUGCCCUGCAUCUCAGUUGUCCUCAUUUGCCCUCAGUGAUGUCAGUGCAUAGCUAAAUCUGUUUAGCUAUGUAAUUGUGCUGCGCCUCAGUCAACCCAAAUUUAAUAUCUUAUAUACUGCUUGAUAUAACAAGAACUCUAAGUGGUUCACACAAGCUGCAAUAAUAAAACUGCAAGCAAAAACAAGUCAGUACACAAUAUCGAAAUGCAAUAAAUAUCCAGUAAAGCAUUUAGCAAAACGUUAAAACGAAAACACUGAAAUUGCAAGUGCACUAUUACCGUGAUUUGGAGAAAAGACAUGGUGGACCACAUCCCUGAAGCAUCUCUGACAGUGAAGGAAAAACUGGGCAAGAUGGACAAAGCGUCUUCUGUCAAGGCAACUUCAUGUGUUCCUUUCGUGACAUCAUUAAAUGACAUUGAUUUGAUAUCUACAAACUUAAGGAGUGCCCCCCUUUCUUUUAGUAGGAAACUCUUCCCAUGAAACACUGUGCAGCAAAAAACAGUUCAGUUAUUAGAUCAGCUGUGCUCUCCUCCAACAGUGCAUUGGCCGAUGCCAUUCACAUUCAAUUGACAUCUUAUUGGCCAGCAUCUUGUGUUCCCACUGCUUGCCCUUGUCUGAGAACUGCGAGAUGGAGAUCCUGUCUCCUCCUGUCCAUUUCACACCAAGGCUUAGGUACAAGGUUUAAGCACAGUGCCUGGGGAGGUGGGAGAAAUUUAAAAAAACAGUCUCAGCAUCAGGAGCUGGGGAGAAUAUUUGGGGCAAUCCAAUCCUUCCCCCAGUUAUUUUCUUCUUCUUGGAAUAAAAGUCCUGUGAUUACUUCUGGGUUUUGAUUGUGUAUCUUUAGCUUUAAAUCCUGGGUCACAGUUGUCCCUGUUGAUUCCUCCUCUUUCUGUUGCAGGUUAUCAUAUGACCCGUUCCCAUUGGGGUAAGUUUUUAUCACCAGACUUUUUAACCUUUUAUGCUGGGUUCUGGGGAUAAGCAACCUGUGGCCCUCCAGCUGUUGCUGGUGUGGGCAAUGGUCAGGUAUAAUGGGAAUUGGAAUCCAACAACAUUGGAAGGCAACAGAUUGUCCAUCCACGUCUUGUGCAUUCCAGGGGACCCCACUAAGCAACACAAUAUGGACAUCCACAUCCUGCUUCUCUACUACAGAUGUAUCUUAGAUCCUGGGUUUAGAGGUCACCUAUGACAAGGCUAAAAGUGCAAAUCUUUCUAGUGGGGUGCAACAAAUUCCCUAUGAACACAGGCAACCCAGGACUCAGCUAUACAGCGGCAAAUAAAAUGUUUUAAGUGUGCUGUAAAGUGCAUUAUACAAAAGUGACAGUAGAUGGUGAUGGUGAGCUAUGGCAAAUUCAAUAUAUUUUUCAAAACGUUAAAAAAAAGCAUUUUCACAAUUUUUUUAUAUGUGUCUAGAUUCCACCCCUGUUGCUUCUUAAAAGUUGCUUUAGCAUGGAAUUUGGUCUCCAUAGUUGGGGUAGAUGGUUUCAAUGCCUUUCAUCUCUUGCUAUAAGGCAGCUUCCUAUGUUCAAAACAUGGGAGAGGUCUUGGUCUCCCCUUUGUUGUUCCCACAAAGGUUGUUUUUUCAGUUAGGGCAACAUCAGUCCCUCACACCUGUUAAAUUUGAAGUUUGAUGCAAAAUUCAGAAUGCUGAGAAUCUUGUAGUGUCUUUAAAAGCAAGCUUACGAGGUCUCAUGGCUGAAACAAAAUGAAUCUGAAAAUGAAACAUAGUAAGGUGACGCAGUUCAGUGCUCUGUGUUAUCCUUUUCCCCUCUUUGUGCCUAGCAGAAAUAGAAUAAGACUGCAAUCCCUUUACACACUUGCCUGUGUUUAAGCCCUCUUGUCAGUGGAACUUACUUUCCAGUUCAUAGGCUGUGCCGCAUAUUAGACACAAGAUGUAGACGUGUGCCAAAUAAUAAUAAUAAUAAUAUUUUUUAUUUAUAUCCUGCCCUCCCCAGCCAAAGCCGGGCUCAGGGCGGCUAACAAAUAUACUUCCUUUGCAAAAUGCAUUGUCUGGGCUUUGGAAAAAAUGGAAAUAAAACCAGUAUCCCUCCACAAAUUUUCCAUUCCCCACUCCUCCAUGAGUGAUUUUACACCUCUGGUCACACAAGAAGGCUUCCAUUGAAAAUAUCACCAUUCCAAUCUCUGAAAGGCUUUCAGUAUCAUCACCAGCACUUGAAUUAGGCUCAGAAACAAACUGGAACCCAGUGCCAUUGCUUUAGCAAGAGAAGCACAUGUACCCAGCAGGUGGGCCCCUAUUAACAAUUGGCCCACUGCAUUCUAGACCUUUUGGAGUUCUUGGAACUUUUCAAAGGCAACCCUAAAUAGAACACAACUGUAAUCUAGGAGUGAUGCAACUAAGGCAUCAGAUGAUCACUCAGAGAACAGGAUGCUGGGCCAGAUUCGGCCUUUUGUCAGAUCCAGCAGGGCUGCUCUCUUGUUCUUCAGGAGUGUGUUGACUUAGCCAGAUGUGCAGUGUACAGAACAGAUUGCUCCCAGUGUUGAGUUUAACCCUACCCACCUCUUUCUUUUCCUAGUAUGUGGGAGACCAAUCACCCUGAAUAGAAAUGUCGGGGGUGAGGACUCUGUGGAAGGUGAAUGGCCAUGGCAGGUCAGUGUGAAGAAGAUGGGCAAGCAUAUCUGUGGAGGGGCUUUGAUAACCCAUGAUUGGAUUGUGACCGCAGCACAUUGCUUCCCACCGUGAGUAACCCAGAAAUGGCUCUUUUCCUCCCACCUGUAGUCCAAUGAGCCCAAGACUCUUUACAAGUCAGGUGGGAGACUAUCCUAUAAAUGCACCCCCCCCACUGAAAAGUCCCUGUUCUCUGUGUCAACCAUGUCAUCUCAGAUGUUGUGGGAAAUAUAAGAAAAGCCCAGAAGAUAUAGGCUGUUUUCAAUAUAUAGAUAGGUUCGCCUGAAGAUGUGUCAUCCUUUGGAUAUCCUGGCCCAAGCCCUGCAGGUCUCUGUGUUAGACUACAGUCUUGGGGGUAAUGCAGAUUAUGUCCAAGGCAAAGAAUCCAGUUGUCUAUAGACUACAACCCUGGUCAUCUAUCUUUCAAAAAUAAUCUCUGCUGAAUUUCUCUCCUGACCGUUGUAAUUCCCCACUCAGCAUUCCUAUUCUUUGGAAACCAGGUUGCAUAUUUUAAUUUAUACAUCCACUGCAUUCCUGUUUCUAAAAAUAAAUUGAAGGGAAAGAUUAUGAAGCAGUUUCAUAUUGCUUUAAUGUUUCACAGUAUGUUAAAGCUUAUAAGGUUCUGCAAAUUCUGCUUUCCAGACCUAGGUUUAAGAAUAAAGUAUUCAAGUUCAGCACCAGUUAUCUUGAUUAGUUUGCAAAAGAGCUGAGAUAUGGACACAUGUUUCUAUUAAAGUGCCUUAACAAAAGGUAUUUUCAGGGCUUCCCCCCCAGCUGGAACUCAUCGCAAAUCAGUUCCAGCACCUCUCAGGUGGGUGCCAUUGCCAUUCUAAGAGAAGGAGGGAGGUGUUCAUGAUUAGUUCUGGCACCUCUUUUUUGAGAAACAUAGCACUGGGUAUCUUAAUGAACUUCCCAAGGACAUGAAAUUAACAAGGAGCUCUGAUCCAAUCUGUUAGCUCAACUGCUGCAAGGCUUAUUUUAAUUAGCAGAAAGAAUUGUUUGGCAAGAUGAUUUGUUUUGAUCUGGUAAACUUUGCUCUUGGCAAACUUCCUAGCUGUAAGAUGCUUCAGAUAAAGUGUACCCAGAACAAAGGCAGAAUGGGAAAUUAAAAUCAGAAUGCCCAUGGGACCAUCUCAGGCUUAAAGUGCAGGUUUGCCCAAUGUGUCCCCCCUUUUUGUUGUUGCAAAUUUGAGAUAGUCUGAAUGCUUCCCUGGGUCUAAUAGCAUCCCAAAGCCUCCUGAUCCCAGCCAAGUAAAUUGUAUGCAAUGGCGACAAUGUUCCUCAUAGCAAUUUUUCAUCCAUCCCCUUGCAGAGAAGGUGAUCUCUCCCAAUACUCCGUGCUGCUAGGGGCCAACAAACUGGAAAAUUCCUGGCCCCACAAACAGUCCAUAGGAGUUGGAGACAUAAUCAGAAAUCCCCGCUAUGCAGGGGAGGCCACAAGCGGAGACAUCGCCUUGGUGAGGCUGAUCUUCCCAGUGAGAUUCACCAAUUACAUCAUCCCAAUCUGUGUACCUGCACCCAACGUGGACUUUCCUGCAGGCAUGAUGUGCUGGGUCACUGGCUGGGGAGAUAUCAGUGAAGGACGUGAGUACUGGGAGAGGGGAAAAUGUUAGAACUGGACAAGGUUUCCUUUCUUGUCCAGGAAAAUGCAAAAUAAUAAUGAUGUACCCUUCCUGCUCUAAAAAGCCUAAGAUCCGUGCCCCAACUUUCCUUUCCCUUGUAAUUGGAUUUGCUGAGAAUACGUAUGAAUGCUUUGAAAAAAUACUGUGGUCAAUGGUUAGUGGUCAUGAUGGCUGUAUGCUAAUUCUGGGAUCAGAGGGAGAAGGCUGCUACCCUUGUGUCUUGCUUGUAGGCAUCUGAUUGGCUAGUGGGGGAAGCAGAGUGCUGGAGGGGAAAAGCUGAAGCUCAGUGCUAGAGCACAUGCUUUGCGCUCCAGCAUCUCCAAUAUAUUACAAACGCUCAGCCUGCUUGAAGAAAAUUAGGAACUUGACUUCCAUCUGGAGCCUGGUAAGUAUGCUAGAAGUAAAGGUUGGUCUUGCAUGUUACCCAACCAUUGGAAACUAGUAAAAACUUUGUUCCAGCUGAUUGCAUCUAUACCCUAAAGGUAUACUUGACUGACCUUCUUGCACAUCUGUUUACGGUGUGCAAGUGGUAAAGGAAAUAUAAUAAAAUGAUAACCGUGUCUCCAUGUUUCUGCUUCACUAUCCCAUGUUCUUCACUUCAGAGGAUCUGCCUUCUCCAAAGAAGCUCCAGAAGCUUCAGGUGCCCAUAAUAGAUCUUCAGACCUGCAGACGGCUCUAUAGUAUUGACAUGGGACCAAACCUGCCCCAGAAACCCAUCCAGGAUGACAUGAUGUGUGCCGGGUAUGCUGAGGGUAUGAAGGACACGUGUAAGGUGAGGGAUUUCUCUCAUCAAGACCUGCCUUCAGUUCCACAUGGAUAAGGUCCUUCCUGUCUCACUUGCUAUCCAUUUCUAUUAUUCUUUAAGACAUUUGAUAUUCAGCCUUGCCAUUGAAAAGAGACUGCAUGAGAUGGCAUACAUUAACUGUCCAGGGGUCCUUUACCUUUUCCCUUGUGGGUCCUGCUUGUGGGCUUUCCUGGGGCAUCUGAUUGGCCCCUGUAAGAACAGGAUGCUGGACUAGAUGAGCCUUUGGCCUGAUCCAACAGGGCUCUUCUCAUGUUCUCAUCCCCUCCCCACAAAAAACUAUGCAUUCCCAAACAUCUUCUCCACCUUCAACAUACAUUUCUUUGUAAAAUGCAUUUUGCUUUGGUUUCUAAGCUGAAAACUACACUGUUGGGAAGUAUGAGAAAGUUUCCCCACCCCCUAACAACCAUGCCACACUGAAUCACAAAUGCAUCUAACACCCAUCUUUGUGUUGGCCUAGGGUGAUUCUGGUGGCCCACUGAUGUGCAAGAUAAACCAGGAAUGGCUCUUGGCUGGUAUUGUCAGCUGGGGAGAAGGCUGUGCUGAGAAGAACCGCCCUGGCGUGUACAUCCGCCUUACCGCAUACCACGACUGGAUUCACAGGAUUAUCCCCAAUUUGGAGUUUGUUGAACCUAGAAGGGGUUACAACACCAGGAUCAGGAAUCAAGGCACUUCUGGAGCUGUUGGGAGGGGACAGGCCUUCAUAACUGCUCUGCUACAGGUUUUGGUGUGGACCUUUAUUCAUAUCUUGCCAUAG